AUAAGUCUCGCGAUUUGCACAGCUGUUCGCUAGACAUUCUUGUUGCAUAUUGGUGAAAAAAUAAGCUUGUUGGUUUAUAAUUGACAGUUUCACAGUAUAUCUAAGAUCAAAGUACUAAAUAAGUAUAUGUCGAAGAACGUUGUAUACUUAUAUAUUCAGUGGCAUUCAGCAGUAUUCAGAUUCAGGAGGCGGUACCGUUAACGUUGAGUUCGUUCUGUUGCAUGUGUGCGCGCGUCUAUGAAAGUAGCGACCGUAUUUUUUUUAUGAUGGAAAGUGUUUUGUUCGUAAAACGUAUUAUACUUCCAGUUAAAUUAUUCAUUCUAAUGUUAUUUAUCUCUUAAAUUGUUACGAGGUCAAUGAUUUAGUUAACCUAUUAUUUGCAUACGUUACAAGCUAUAAAGCAGUACAUCUUCAACAUUGAAAAUUAGUUGCACAAUAUGUACGUUACAAUUAUGGGUAGAACGUUAAAGGAAGUAGAUGCGUUUGCACGAAAUAUAAUACCAACAAUGAGAAAAUUUGGUACUGUAGGAGUAGCACCUUUGCAAGAGGCUGCUUUAAGUGAACGUUGUAUCCUUGUUAAUAAAUGGGAUAAACCAAUUGGUGAAGCUACGAAAAAGGACUGUCACACAGUAGACUCAAACGGAUAUAUUCCACUUCAUAGGGCAUUUAGUGUUUUCCUUUUCAAUCGUAAGGGAGAGUUACUGCUACAAAAACGAUCUGCUAAUAAGGUUACAUUUCCAAACUGUUACACAAAUACAUGUUGCAGUCAUCCAUUGGCAGAAAUACUAAGUGAAACUGAAGAACAGGAUGCAUUAGGAAUUCGCAUAGCAGCCAGAAGGAGACUCAAUUAUGAAUUAGGGAUUCCUUUGACACAAAUUCUACCAUCGGAUUUCUUGUAUUUAACAAGAAUUCAUUAUUUUGCAGUAAAUGGUGAUUGGGGUGAACAUGAAAUAGAUUAUAUGUUAUUUCUACAAAAAGAUGAUGUAACGUUGGACCCCAACCUUGAUGAAAUUAGCGAACUUCAUUGGGUGUCAAAAUCUGGAAUUAAUGAGUUUGUAAACAAGCUAGAUUCGCCAUUGAGUCCAUGGUUUCGUUUAAUUCUUAAACAUAAAUUACUACUUUGGUGGGAUAAUCUACAUGCACUGGAAAAAAUGAAAGACCAUGGUACAAUACAAAGAUUCACAUGA